GCUGAACCAUGGCACACUUAAAGACAUGUCGUUGAAUUUGUGAGGCAGACGACCACAAUUCUGCCGCCCGCAAUGAAGCAUCGUGACUUCUUCUUCGCAGGGAUUAAGCGCGCUAGGCGCGGCGCGUCUGCCAAUGUGGGGUAGACCCUUACACCCCCCAGGGAGUACGUACUGUCGAAUCGUUUACUCUUUGCAACCUCGCGACAAGCAACUUGCAGCGGGGUCCUGUGCCAUUUGCGACGAAAGCUCUCGACAGCUACGAAACGGCUUCCAUUCGGCUGUCUCUGACAUCGAUUUCUUCACGCGCAUCAAGCCAUUGAAACAUUCGCAAUACUUGAUCAUUGCCUAACGGCACCUUGCGAGUCACAAUGUUUGGCCUUUUACCAGACCUCACCCCACGAGACUCACACUCGAUCUGGUACACCUCUUCCCGCAACCCAAUAACCCAAGCCGCCCUCCUCGAAGCCCACGAACACAACAACCACCAUGGCUCCGCCCAACAACAGCAACAGCAGCAGCAGCAACAGCAACAACAAAACAGCUCCUCCUCCCGCCGCGCAGGCCAACUCCUCAUCGAGCGGUCCGCGCUGGCACGCCUCCGCGCCGACGAGCACACAAUGGACCGCCGCAGGCUGCACGUGCAAAAUUUCGGAAGCACGUGGCUGAAGCCGCCCGGCGUGCCCAAGACGCUGCACCAGAUCCGCGAGGAGCGGCGGGAGCAGGAGGAGCACGCCGAGGCCAUGAGGCGGGAGCAGCUCGCGCUGGAGCUUGCGGAGGCGGAGGCGGGCGGGCAGGAUGAUGAUGGGGGGUUGGGGGUGCUUGGUGAAGGGGAGGAUGGGGAGCAAGAAGAGGAGGUGAGGGAUCUGGAUGACGAGAUUCCGGAUGCUGCGGAGGAGAGUUUUGGGUUUGAUGGCGGGGAGGAUAGUAUGGCGGAUGAUUUGUCGUCGAGUGAGGGGCGGCCUCUUUCUCUUGAUGAUAAUGAUGAUGAUGAGGAGACUGAGGAGGAGGAAGACGAUGACGACGAAGAUGACGACGACGCAACGGCCGUGGACGAGGACGAGUACGAGAGGCGAGACGGCCUCGUCGCGGCGAGGAUGCGCAUGGCGGACGACGCCUUCAGACAGGCCUUGGCGCGGGGCGACGUCGACGGCGACGACAUGUACGGCGCCGAGGAGGAGCUCGAGGCCUCGGGCCAGGGCCAGAUGCUCGACGAGGAGGACCUGCUCGAGGACGGGUUCGCCGCCGAGGGCCUUGUCGACGACGACGACUUGGGUAUGGGCGUCGACAUGGACGCCGACCUGGACGACGAGAUUCCCGAGGCCGAGGGGCUGAGCGGGGUGUAUGAGCAUACGGACUCCGAGGCCGAGGUCAGCGGGUUGACGAGUAGUGUUAUCAGUAGUGGCGGAGAAGAGGAAGACGACGACGAUGACGAUGAGGAAGGGGAUAUCAGUUUUGCGCCGAGGGCUGCGCCUUUGCGGGCCCCGUUGAGUCCUACUGGGGAUCGGGGGAGGGGUAGCGCUGCUGGUGCUGCGCGGCAUCAUCACCAUAUGCCGAGGAGUAGUCUGGAUCUCAGCGGGUUGCUUUCUGCGGACGGGAGUAGUAUGAUGGAUAGUAGUCCCAACAUGAGGGCUCACAGGCGUUGAGGGGGGGUGGUAAAGAAUGGGAAGGGAAGGACAGAGGAAGACGGAAUUAUGAUACCCCCCACGGUUCCCAUACAUUGUUUCGAGAGAACUUGCAGCGAUGGACGUGGACAUGUCCUCGCGUUCACGAGUCUUUAUAGAAGCACAACAUGCAUACACCAGACCAAGGCGUUAGUGCAAACGAUAGAAGUUUAAUUCGAACUCUUGAUAGAAAUGCAAAAAGGC